UCAUCGAAUCUCUUGCUCACAUUUUCUGAUCUGCCCCACGCCAAUCGACACUCUGUAAUUAUCAGUCUCUUGCAGAUGCGCUUUGAAGAUCAGAUCAUUGCCGAUCUGCAAUCGCAUUUGCGCCAUUGUUCCGUGCUUUAAGACCUAACACAGAAGAAGAAGAAGAAGAAGAAGAAGAAGAAGAAGAAGAAGAAGAAGAAGGGGAAGAUGCAGUGGUACUUCGUUGCCGCGCUGCUCACCAUACUCACCAGUUCUCAGGGAAUUUUAACAACUCUCUCUCAAAACAAUGGGGGUUACAAGUAUGAUUAUGCAACUGUCCCAUUUCUUGCUGAAGUUUUUAAGCUUGCAGUUUCUUCCUUGCUUCUCUGGAGGGAGUCCCGACAAUCAUCUCUUACAAGGAUGACUACAGAAUGGAAGACUGUGCGUCUAUUCCUAAUUCCUUCGAUCAUAUAUCUAAUCCAUAACAAUGUUCAGUUUGCUACCCUGACCUACGUGGACACAUCCACAUAUCAGAUAAUGGGUAACCUAAAGAUUGUCACAACUGGCAUAUUGUUCAGGCUAUUUCUCAGAAGGAAGCUGUCUAAUUUGCAGUGGAUGGCAAUUAUUCUAUUGGCAGUUGGAACAACAACAAGCCAGGUAAAAGGUUGUGGGGAGUCUUCAUGCCAAUCUCUUUUUUCAGCACCCAUUCAGGGGUAUAUGUUGGGUAUCCUAUCUGCUUGUCUGUCAGCACUGGCUGGUGUUUAUACUGAGUUCCUGAUGAAGAAGAAUAAUGAUAGCUUGUACUGGCAAAAUGUACAAUUGUAUACGUGUGGUGCGAUCUUUAACAUGGCACGGCUUGUCAUUGAUGAUUUUAGAGGUAGUUUCGAGAAUGGACCAUGGUGGCAGCGCCUUUUAAAUGGCUACAAUAUUACAACGUGGAUGGUGGUUUUGAAUCUGGGAUCAACUGGCUUGUUGGUUUCAUGGUUAAUGAAAUAUGCAGACAAUAUUGUUAAGGUUUAUUCCACAUCAAUGGCAAUGCUGCUGACUAUGGUUUUGUCAAUAUAUCUCUUCAAUUUCAAGCCCACGCUGCAGCUUUUCUUAGGUAUUAUUAUCUGUAUGAUGUCACUGCACAUGUACUUUGCUCCUCCAAGCAUGCUUGUAGACUUACCUUCUACGGAGAAAGCAGCUCCUGAUAGCCUAAAUGAAGUUUAUGUUGAACGAAGGACGGAUUCCUGAUGCAAUACUUCUUGCAGUUGAAAAGAAAUGCCUUUGCCAUCUUCUUGCCCCUUAUUGGAAGUUCCACGCAGAUUGUCUAAAUGCUUAGAAAAUUACCCAGGUUGGUAGCAGUGAGAAAUAUUGAUAUUGAAAUCAGCGCAACAUUUUCAGCAUUUGAUUGUGAUGUGGAGCCAGUAAUUGAUAUCUAUGGAUGCAAGUUGUUCUACCUACCUGAUUUUUUACCUAGGGUACCAGAGAAUCCAGCAAUUAGAUCUUCUUGGAAUAAUCCAACAGAGGAUCUAUCUGCAAAUUUUUUCCGGAUUCAGAAACUUGGCAUGACGAUUCUGUCCUGGUAGACUUUUUCUUUUUCUUAAUUGAUUACUUAGGGAAACUGUAGUGGACUAGAAACUAUUUGAACCACCAUUACUGGAAUAGACUACAAUAUGUAAUUCAGUAUUUUGUGAAUGAAUUUGUGCUUUGGGGUUCAAAGAGAAUCUGCUCUGCUGCUGU